UCACGGUGCAGAUUCACUGCCCAUGCAAGUCACUAGCAUUCUGCUUGGUGGUAGCAUUCUGCUUCACACUGUAAACCCUGCAAAAUGACUUACAAUUGCAAGAAAGGAGUAAUCAACCGAAUACCUUUCCAGUUCGCAAACAUCACUCGAGUGGUAUUGCAACUUUUCAAGUCUUUACAUAGAACGAGGCAAGAUGUGUUCAGAGGUGAUAAUCAGGCACUAGAAGCUGCAAGACUGAAGAUUAAUUCUGAAUUCCGGAGCCACGUUACUGAAUCAUCUCCGGAGCAAAUAACCAAGUUACUUAAAUUAGGGUCAGAUGUAGAGGUUAUUCUUCGGAAGACUGUAAUCCAGGGAGUUCACACAAACCAUAAUACCAUUUUGCUUAGACCCAGAGAAGAAGUUCUCCUGACUAAUGUGCCUUUCAAUGACAAUCCUACAAAGAAAACUACAUAGAAUAAGCAAUAUUUCAGCGACGCUUUGAACUUUUCUUGUUAUUGAAAUGAUGUAAUGUUGUCCAAAUUAAUCUUCUGAACUAAACGUAAUCAGAUGCAGUUACAUGGCACCUGAUUUGUUUUCACUCCGGACAAAGUAGUUAUCCGUGUAGAUGCCCCCGACUUUGUAAAAGUGUAGAACCACUUUUGGUGUACAAUAGUUGUCCACGAUUAAAAAUUCCAAACUUUUGGAA